AGACUAUCAAAGUUAUUCGAAUGUGCCGUCGAGAGAGGUGGUUGGUACGGUAGUCGACAAAUUAUGAAGAUCCAACAAACUGCUCUACGUAUUUCUGUUUCAUUAUUUUGCUUGAUAUCAAAUAUAUUUGCUACCAGUUGCUUUCAUUGUGUUUCACAAGACAAACAGUACAAUGCAACAGUUCGUCGACAACUUGCAACUCAAACUGAUAUUUUCUUUUAUCCAAUUGGUGUGAAAUCACACUAUUGCAGUGAAUCCAUAGAUCCUGAAGAUCCACAUAUCAUUGAAGGCCAAAUUUGCUCAAAAUACUCGAUUUGCGUUACACUGUUUCCCAAUCUUCCAGAUUCUACAUUUGUUGUUCGGGGUUGUUUUGAGAACAUUCUUCGGCAUAGUCGGAGAGCUGAAGAACAACUUCAACAGGAUGGAUGUUACUUACUUCGAUCUCUUCCAAUGUACUCCAACACAGUUUCAAUGGAUUACGUAGUGUGUACGUGUAAUGGUGACUACUGUAACACGAUGGAAAUGCCUGAAGUUGUCCCAAAACCUUAUUCUUUCGGAAAAUCCAACAUUUUAAAAUUGUCUUACACUAAUGAAGGCAAUGCACUUCAACUUUCCUCGUCUUCUUUCAGAAUUUCAGCUUUUGGUGUAGCUUUGAUAUUUUUACAUUGUUCUAUUGUGAUUUUGUUCAAUUCGUAAUUUUUUUACACUUGCUGUACAAAGCUUUUCAAUAAAGUGAUAGUGCUGAU